CACCGGAACCCCCCCCCCCUCACCUUGCCGCCGUGUGCCGCGGAAAGGAGUGGAUUCCCCCAAACAAACGUUCCCUUUUUGGUGGAGACACUUUUGCCCUGAUUCACUUACCUCGACUACCAACUGGCUGCUGGGCGCUGUGCUGGGUUCUGGGGAUGCGGAAAUGAAAGGCAAUGUUUCUGGCAGCAGACAACUCAGUGUAGCGGGGAGGACAGACAAAUGAGCAGUUACAAACUAAAGGAUGGUCAGUUAGGGCAGAGACCCAAGGGGACGAAGAAGAAGGAUAAUCAUCCGACUGGAAGUCCAAAAGCCUUCUCAGGAGACGUGGCACUCAAGCUACAUCUGGAAGAAGCAGCAGCGGCCCAAGGAGACACCGUUAGGCUGACUGAGCCUGAUGAGUAGUUUGGCAUCUCCUUCCCUCAAGGAGGAUCAGCUGGAGCUUAGGGAGUGGGGUGAACUGAGAGGAAGUGACUCAGCCCAGGUCCCAAGAGCCUCUGUGCCCUUCCAAGGAGUUUGGAUUUUGUCCCUGAGGCGGUGGGGUGCUUUGAAGGGUUUUAAGAGGAGGGUGGUGUCCUGCAAUGUGCUCUUUGAAAACAAAGGUGUAGAGCAGCAAUAGAGAGGGCAGGGAGAAAAAUGGCUCUAAGCCCCAGGGGAUGCUGUGAAUUUGAGGCAAUGAAGUGGAGAAGGAAAGAUGAGGUCAAUGUUUAAGAAGUGGACUGAACGCCUUGGGGUAGGGUGGGGUUGAGGUGUCAAAGAGAAUGCUCAAGGUUCUGGUUUGAUGAGAGUUGUGGGUGCUGGAUUCGUAAGUCAAUUUGGGACUCUAUGAGGAGGAAGGGAUGAGAUGGAGAGAAAGAAUAAUGGUAAACACUUGCAGACCUUUUAUCAUGUGCCAGAGUCUGUGCAAUAUACAAUUCUGUGUUGUUUCAUUUAAUCUCCGGAACAGGCUUCUGUAUGAGGUGGCCCUCAGGGAUGCCCCGUUUUAUAGUUGAGGAAGUGUAGCCCAGUUCCGUUAACUAACAUGCCCAGAGCCAGAUGAUUUCCUUCUGGGGCCCGUGGAGUUGGAGGUGCCCCUGGGGCAAAUAAGUGAAGACGUCUAGGAGGCAGUUGGGUAAACACCUGUGCAGCCAGGAGAGCUGGCUGAGAGGAAGUAGAAACCUAGGAGUCAUUAAUGCACAGCUAGUGUGGGAGGAGCUGAAGUAGGGAAAGCAGGCAGGGAGCAUAGGUGUGGAGAAGGUAAGAAGGUGGAAGAAGAGGCUGAGAGAGUCCAGGAGACCUGUCUGGCACUGAAGGCAGAAAGCAGCAAGAUACGGACUGGAGAGUACCCGUUAGCAUCUAGGAUCCCUCGGGGAACGUUGGUAGGAGUGGGGGGAGGACAGAAGCCAAACUGAUGUGCACCCAAGAGAGGAAGGCAGCAGGAGAUAUAGUUCACGGACACUUGGCUGUGAAGGCAGGUGGUGAAGACACCAAGAGAAAUCGACAGGAUGAAGGGAGGGUAUGCCUGUGUCUUUUAAGAAUCUGCCAUCUGCUAGCUGGAGAAUCAAGAAAGCAAGCAGUCAGCCCCAGACCGAAGGCCUGAAAACCAGGGAAGCCAGUGGUGUAAUUCUAGUCCAAGGGUAGGAGAAAAUGAGAUGAGAUGUCACAGCUCCAGCACUAAGGGAGGAAAAAAAAAAGGAGCGAAUUCUUCCUUCUUGCACCUUCUGUUCUAUUCAGACCAUCAACAGAUCACCUGAUGCCUACCAGUACUGGAGAGGGCGCUCUACUUUACUGAUUCCAUCAAUUCAAAUGCUAACCUCAUCAAGAAACACCUUCACAGGCACACCCAGAAGUCACAGUUAACAUGGACAUUCUAUGGCCCAGUCAAGUUGACGCUUAAAAUUAACCAUCACAAUCCACCUGGAGACCUGCAUAGGAAGAGCCUGUGUUGACCAGGGAUUGAAGAAAAGAAUUGCAAGAGACUACACACAAUUGGUUUGUCUUUUUGGCCAAAAGAACUGGGGGAGAAAAGGAUCCAGAAAAGAACCUCUGAAGAGCCCACCAAAGCAUCCUUGAGAAAAUGCCAAGUACUAACCAUCUUGCCAGUCGACAGACUCAGCAAGAAGCCACCAGCCAAGGCAUCAUGUGUUUCUGCUACUUCAGCUCCUUGGAUUCUAUCAGCUUGACGUCCUGUGAAAUGGCCGAGUGCCCACAGACCAAACCAUGGCACCGCACCAGAGAGGUAUCAGUACUCAGGUGUUGGUAUGGUCAGCCUCCUUUCUGACUGCAGCAGAGGUGGCCAAUCGACCACCAAAGCUUCCUGCUCCCCACUGCCUGGCGUGGAAAGUGACUGCCCCGUCAAGGACUACAUCCAGGGCUCCUUCCUGCUGCUGGGCCACUGCCACUGCUGUCUUCCUCCAAAACACUGCCUGGCACCUAGAGCAUGGCGCCGCUAAGCAUCAGUUCUCAGGGGCCCAGAGUAUGGUUCAGGUAUGUGAAUUCUCAUGGACAAGAGGCUGGCUGAGGCCACAGAGAAGAGAGCUGUAUGGCUGUACUUGUACUGAACUCGGGCCAAAGACGUAUGUUCGCUGUGGACCAGAGUGCACAAGAGAACACGAGUGCAAAGACUCAUCGGACACCUGCUAUGUGCGGGACUCAGCUGAAUCCAUGAACUCCAUGACAGCAGGUUUUGAGAAUUUGACAAAGGGAGAAUCACAUAGGAGUGGAGUAGAAAAGAGGAAAGGCUUCCUGGAAGAGAGAGGAUGGAGAUGGGUCCUGCAGAAGCCAUCAGCCCUGGAUGGGCAACCAAUGGCCUGUGAGGCUCUCCCGACAGUGACCAGUGUUCUGGCACAGCUUGGGGGAAGAGUGCUCCAAUUUUGUGACAGCACAGAGUGUGCCAAAAAUCACAUGAGUACGAGUCCAUUAAAUGAACUAGAAUACAGUAGACAAGCUAUAGGGACAGAAAGUAGAUCAGUGUUUGCCUAGGGUUGAAGAAGUGCUAAUGAGUGCAGGGGUUCUUGCUGGGAUGAUAAUAUUUUUUAAAAUUUGAUUGAGAUGUCGGUUACCUUACCUACACCAAAUAUAUCGAAACCAUUGAAUUAGACACUUGAAAUGGAUGAAUUGCAUGGUAUGUGAAUGCUAUCUCAAAAAGGCUGUUAAAAAAAGAACUAGUCACAGCACAAUAAAUAUAGAUGAUACAAUCUGUAGAGAAUUCAGAAUCUGGCAACACUAGACAACAUGUCAUUUAAGAAUAGGUGGCAAAACUAUAAAGAAAUCAAAGGAAUAUAGUUAAUAAUAUUGUAAUAACUUUGUACGGUGACAGAUGAUUACUAGACUUUUUGUGGGGAUACCGUAGGAUAUUGAAUGUCACUUGUAUGUCAGUAAUAAAAAAAGAAAUGAAAAGAAUGAUCCUUCAAAUGUCAGGAGAGUAUUUGUUCUUGGAGGCAGGAGGGCAGCAGGUAAAUGGGGGAGCACAGAAGUCAGUGGCCAUCUAACAAACUCGACAUAACUGAGUCUUACUGCAACUGGUGUUU